AUGGUUCCGCCGAACCCGACGAACCAGCCCAGUGUUGAGGUGGACGUCGAACCACAUUACGAAUGGAGCGACGGCUUGCUUAAUUGUUGUUCGGAUUGUGGUGUAUGUUGUAUGGGAACGUGGUGCUGCGGGUGUCGGUCAGCUCUUUUUGCCUCAAACGUCCGAGCUGUAGGAACGGAAUCAUAUGAUGAUGCCUUCAUAAAGUUUUACUGUAUGGCCAGUUUUGUCCCAGGCUGGCUAAUUCCAAUUGCUGACUUAAGCACGAUUUCGGCCUUAAUCGUUUCGCCUGUUAUUACUCUUGCUCACUGGGGUGUGAGCUACUACGGGAUGACCAGACGACAACAACUCAGGAAGAAGUAUGGAAUCGUUGGCAAACCUUACUGCUGUUGUUCUUGCUUGUCGUUCUUUUGCGAUGGGGACGAGCUGAAGUUGGACGACUUUUGUAUUUACCAUUGGUGCUUUCCCUUAGCACUAUGCCAAGAGCAACGACACUUGAAACGACACGGUGUUAAUAUGCUUGGAGCGCCAUCAUUGAACAACAAGUUGAGACGCAAUUACAGCAGACGCUACACCCCUGUGAGCGAGGGUCAUGAGCUUGCUGAAGGAGUAAGGGAUGAAACGCAAAUGCCGGCAUUACAGUCUGCCCCAAAAAUGACACGCUCUGUGGAUCUUAUUUGAGACACUAGUAUCCACGAAACAAGCAUCGAUUUGAUUUAUAUAUAUUGAACAUAAGAAACCGUUGACCAUACGCUUCGUAGUUGUAGUAGUUUUUGUAGCUACGGAAGAUAGUCAAAACUGUUUUGGUUUU